UAUCUGUGGUUUGCAUAAACAUACAACACCAACAUUAAUUCUGGUGAAUGGGCUGCAAAGAAAAGAACAGACCAUACAGCGGUGCGUAUCAUAGAGAUGAUCAUAGUUGGCUAAAUUGUUUCUAAAGCUCUGAUGUAUUUGUUGUCUAUUUUUUCAGUUCUUUAUGUUCAGUCGUUCAGUAGUGGAUACUCUUGAAUUCAAGAACUGUGAUGCCUUGUUAGGAUCUAACAAUGGUUACCGAUCUAAUAUCCCUGCAUCUCUUGUCAGAAUCUCUUUCAGAGAUGUACCGACCGGCCAUGGGGGCACUCGUGGUGCUGCUCUGCUCUUCACUCUCGGUAAACGGAGGGAAAGUCUUGGUGUUCCCCUUUGAUGGAAGCCACUGGAUCAACAUGAAGGUCCUCGUUGAGGAGCUUCACUCCAGAGGUCACGAUGUCAGUGUGAUAAGGACAUCAGACAGCUGGUACAUCAAGCCGGAGUCCCCGUACUACAAGUCCAUCACCUGGGAUUUGCCCAGUGGUUUUGAUGAGAAACACUUUGGGUCUUUUGCAACGACACUGAUGAACAUGAGACGGAAAGGUGCUUCACUUUGGGCUCGUAUAUCUCUGGAGUAUGAAGUGGUGGAACAGUUCUAUCAGAUUCAUACAUGUGUGAUUAGGAUGGUGGAGGAGAUGUUUCAGAGUACCAAACUGAUGCAAAGCCUCCGUGAUGCCAAAUAUGAUGUGGUUCUGACGGACCCUGUGACUGGUGGAGGGGUGCUUCUGGCUCACCGUUUGGGUCUUCCACUGGUUUUUAAUGCGAGGUGGACUAUUCAGGGUGAGGCGCAUGCUGUAAUCGCACCUUCUCCACUCUCCUACAUCCCUGUGGCAAUGAAUGAGCUGACUGACAAGAUGACGUUUGCCGAGCGAGUCAAGAACUUACUUUACUAUUUCUUCUUAUAUUUUCAUAUUUGGUGUGUCACAGAACCCAACUACAAACCAUUCGUCCAUCGUUAUUUUGGAAAUGAUGUCUACUACAUGGAGCUGUUUCAGGCAGCAGACAUCUGGCUGAUGAGGAAUGACUUCACAUUCGAGUUCCCACGACCCACAAUGCCAAAUGUCGUAUACAUGUCAGGAUUUCAGUGCAAACCCUCCAAGCCCCUUUCGAAAGAACUAGAAGACUUUGUCCAGAGCUCUGGUGAACACGGCGUCAUCGUUAUGACGUUGGGAACUCUGGUGGCCGACCUUCCUGAUGACGUCACCGAGGAAAUCGCAGCUGCUUUCGCACAACUUCCUCAGAAGGUGAUCUGGAGGCACAAAGGAAAAAGACCAUCCACACUUGGCAACAACACCCUACUGGUGGACUGGCUGCCCCAAAACGACCUCCUGGGUCACCCCAAGACCAGAGUGUUUGUGGCUCACGGAGGCACCAAUGGAAUACAGGAGGCCAUCUACCACGGCGUCCCCCUCGUCGGUUUGCCCCUAAUGUUCGACCAGCCCGACAACCUCUCCAGGAUGAAAGCAAGAGGUGUGGCCAAAGUCAUGGACAUCGCAACCGUAAACAAAGACAACUUCCUGGAGGCGCUGAAGGAGGUACUCUACAACCCAACCUACAGGGAGAAGAUGAAGGCGCUGUCCAACCUGCAGAGAGACCAGCCCAUGAAACCACUGGACAAGGCCAUGUUCUGGAUCGAGUUUGUCAUGAGGCACAAAGGAGCAGGACACCUGAGGACAGAGUCCUACAAGAUGUCUGUGAUCCAGUACCACUCGAUUGAUGUGGUGGUGUUUCUGCUGGCAGUUGUUUUGCUUGUUUUUGCCGUUUUUGUUUCAGCAGUUAAGUUUUUGUGUCGGAGAGUGUUUUGUAGAAGCAAAGUCAAAAAGGAAUAAUGAAUGUAAACUGUCCUGGUCUGUGCACUGCUUGAUGAAAUAUGCUUUUAAUGCACAUCAGUGAAACACUGCAGCUUGAGUUAAGUGUAAUCAGUAUUCAGUCCAUAUCCAGGAUUGUUCUGACAGCUUUUUAUUUUGAAAUUA